GACUCUCCACUGUAUUCUCCAAGGGCCAUGAAUAUAAUGUCAAAGAGCAAGAAAGCAAAGACGGCAUGUCCCAACAGUACCACAAGAAACCCCAUGGUUAAUGACGUCAGAGAGCGCAGAUUGAUGAAAGAACUUCAAGACAUCACUAACAAUGCCACUACCUUCACCGUGGACCUGGUAAACGACAAUCUUUUCGAGUGGCACAUAAAACUGCACACAGUGGACAAGGACAGCCACCUCGCUGAGGGGAUGAGAGCAAACAACAUUGGUUACAUCCUCCUCAACAUGACAUUUCCUGACAACUUCCCGUUUGCGCCUCCCUUCGUACGAGUGGUAGCCCCCAUUGUGGAGGGGGGUUAUGUGCUGGACGGGGGCGCGCUCUGCCUCGAACUCCUCACCCCUAAUGGCUGGACAGCAGCCUACACAAUCGAAGCCAUCGUCACGCAAGUCGGCUCCGCUCUCAUCAAAGGGAACGCCAAAAUCGCCAAAGACGGACGAAAGUUCUCGCUCAAAGCCGCACAAGCAUCAUACAAAUCCCUUAUAAAAACCCACGAGAAAUACGGCUGGGUAACUCCACCCAAGGCGGAGGGAUAAUCCCGCCACACCCCCCUUUCACGUUGUGAGAACUCAGUUUCAAGUGUGUACACGUGACAGUCAGCAGGGAAUGUAUCCCCAAAAGUGACUUGUAGAAUGAAGAGAAUCUGCGGACAACUUGUUGCCACUGGUUAGAUGUACAGAAAUGAGCAUUUGUCAUAUAAAAAUAUGCAGUCCUUGCAUACCGGCUAAUAUAAUAUGCGCUAUAACGUAGUGUGUUACGUCGACUGGGAUAUUAGAGAAAAAUAUUCGUGUGAGCCGGUCUGUAAUCCGUUGGUGACAUGUUCUGAAUUCCUCGGCUGCGUUAUUCAUAUUGUAACAAUCCCGAUGUGAAAUUAGGAGAAAACGGUUUCCGUCGAAUCGGGAGAUGACGUAGAAAAGUGCAUUCAAAUUUCCCUUAAAAAUUAAUGGGUUUUAUCAAUUAAUCUGUCAUCUUUAGUCUGGUGACGAUUUGUUUCGUUGUUUUACAUCGCUUUGUUUUUUGCGCUUAGCUUUGAAUUGCAUAACUUUGUAAUUAAAUCUUAACUCUUCAUUUGAAAAUUUGCAGUUCUUAACAUGCCUUACUACAGCUUAACGUCUCCGUGCAGAUUUUAUUAAUAACUAGAGCAGAAAACCCGUCCCUCGUACGCUUGAUGUUGGCGAAUAACCCAUUCUGUCCUCCUCGCCGCUCUCCUCUCAUUUAUUGAUGAUGUUACAAUGGUUUGAGAACCGAUCUGGUGGUGUAAAGAUGUUUGAAAAUAACAUUUAUUUAUCAUGCUCUUUGGCACCACUUGGGGUCUAAAUUUUAAAAUCACCAUUUUAAGGUCAAUUUUUCAUUUACUGGAACCAUUCUUAAGCCAAACUACACAUAUUAUCAUAAAGACAAAAAUCUUGCGUUUAAAAUCAUAAAUAUGGUUCUGCACUAUCGCAAAAUGAAGUCGAGAAUAUGGUGUCAAUAAAAUGGCAACAGAUAUUAUAUAAAAAUCGUUCCGCUAACCGCGUUACUUAUAGAUUGAUGUCUAAAAUUCAAGAUUUAUAAUGCUACUUCGCAUUAAGGACUCAUUUAACAAACAUAAUCUCUGUAUAAUAUGACAAGAGUUGUGCAAGAGAUUAAAUCAACAUCAUCCAGACAUGAUGGGAUCUGACCUGAACAAAUAAGGUUUUCUUUAAAUAUCACCCUAUUUAUAGCAGUGCCGUAAAAUUUAGUUUAAAGUUUUACUGUGGUGCCUGUUCAGAUUUAUCUACGCUGACUGAUGACCGCCAGACCGCUGAAGCCGUGCCAUAUCAGUCGGUUAGUCCUAGUACAAUCCUAUAGUAUUUUAAUUUGGUUUUCCUUUAACAUCGAUAUCGCGUUUAAUUCUCACACGGGCCAAACCCUUCGAUUUUUAAACGGUAUAAAUUCUCUAUUUGAUGAAUCAGCAUCAGCAGCAUCAGUCAGCGUAAAAAACUUAUUUUCCAAGACACCACAGAAAAUAUGUAAAAGAAUCUAGAGCAAAUAUUUCUAACAUAAGAGAGACUUAAAUAUUAAGCUUAUUGGCAGUGAUUCUUUGAUUAUCUUUACAUAACAGUUGUUUUCGAGAUGUAAACUGGUAUAUUUUUAUGAGAAAAGAAGUUUAAUGAGCUAUAAUAUAAUCCACCACUAUAUCAUUCAGCAGUCACAUUCUUUCAUUAUCUAUUUGUGAGAUAGCUAAUUUAUUGUUAAUUGUAAUUUUACACUUGAAAGCUUUUA